AUCACUUCUGAGCACGGAGCAAUGGCCUCUCGCUGGGCUGUGCAGCUGCUGCUCGUGGCAGCCUGGAGCAUGGGCUGUGGUGAGGCCCUCAAGUGCUACACCUGCAAGGAGCCCAUGACCAGUGCUUCCUGCAGGACCAUUACCCGCUGCAAGCCAGAGGACACAGCCUGCAUGACCACGCUGGUGACGGUGGAGGCAGAGUACCCCUUCAACCAGAGCCCCGUGGUGACCCGCUCCUGCUCCAGCUCCUGUGUGGCCACCGACCCCGACAGCAUCGGGGCUGCCCACCUGAUUUUCUGCUGCUUCCGAGACCUCUGCAACUCGGAACUCUGAACCCAGGGCGGCAGGGCGGAAGGUGCUCCUCAGGCACCUCCUCUCUGACGGGGCCUGGCUCCACCUGUGAUCA